AUGGCGUUGGCAUUGAUCGUCGUCGCGUUGAUCAUCGCCAUCUAUGGACUUCCGCUAUUGGCGUUGGUGCGUCGAAUGCGCGUGUUCUGGGUGUACGGCGAGAAGAUUCCGGGUCCGCCGGCAAUGCCGAUCAUCGGCAACGUGCCAAUGCUCAUCGGCAAAACCUCCGAAGAGCUCUAUGAGAUAUUCACAGGACUCGCGCGGAGCGCGCAACUCGCCGGACACUCGCUGAUCCGAAUGCUAAUGCUCGGCAAACUCUACGUGUUUCCGUUGAGCGGAAAAUCGGCAGCGACAAUUCUGGAAUCCACCGAGGAGAUUGAUAAGGGAAGCGACUAUCAUAUUCUCAAGCCAUGGCUCGACGGUGGUCUCAUUUUACUGAGAGAGAGAGAAUUUUUAAAACUAGAAUCACACAUAUCCCGAUUUCACAAUCUCAAGGGGUCACGGCGAGAAAUGGCGAUCGCAUCGAAAAAUGCUGACGCCGACAUUCCAUUUCUCCAAACUCGCCGGCUAUCUGGAGGUGUUCAACGCCGAAGCCAAGAUUCUCACCGAGUGUUUGUCAAAAUUUGCUGA